UUAGGUUCCGCUUUGACUCUUAUCGCCCCCUGUCGGCGCUGAGGGGGAUAAAGGCGGCGGUGGAGUUGGGGAGUUAGUGAAGAUGGCGGAAAGCGAGCUGAACGUGGACAGUCUGAUCUCCCGGCUGCUGGAGGUACGAGGAUGCCGUCCGGGAAAGAUUGUGCAGAUGACUGAGGCGGAGGUGAGAGGCCUGUGCCUCAAAUCCAGAGAAAUCUUUCUCAGCCAGCCCAUCCUGCUGGAGCUAGAGGCUCCACUCAAAAUCUGCGGUGAUAUCCACGGUCAGUACACAGACCUGCUGAGGCUGUUUGAGUACGGUGGGUUUCCUCCAGAGGCGAAUUACCUGUUUCUGGGGGAUUAUGUAGAUCGAGGGAAGCAGUCCCUGGAGACCAUCUGCCUGCUGCUGGCCUACAAGAUCAAAUACCCUGAAAACUUCUUUCUGCUGCGCGGAAACCACGAGUGCGCAUCCAUAAACCGCAUCUACGGCUUCUAUGAUGAGUGUAAGCGUCGGUUUAAUAUAAAGCUGUGGAAAACCUUCACAGACUGCUUUAACUGUCUCCCCAUCGCCGCUAUCAUCGAUGAGAAGAUUUUCUGCUGCCAUGGAGGCCUUUCCCCUGACCUGCAGUCGAUGGAACAGAUCCGACGGAUCAUGAGGCCUACCGAUGUCCCUGAUACAGGUUUGCUGUGUGACCUCCUGUGGUCGGACCCUGAUAAAGAUGUUCAGGGAUGGGGAGAGAACGACCGAGGCGUGUCCUUCACCUUUGGGGCCGACGUGGUCAGCAAGUUCCUGAACCGCCACGAUCUGGACCUGAUCUGCCGAGCACAUCAGGUGGUAGAGGAUGGUUACGAAUUCUUCGCUAAGCGGCAGCUGGUCACUCUGUUUUCGGCACCAAAUUACUGUGGAGAGUUUGACAACGCUGGGGGUAUGAUGAGUGUGGACGAGUCCCUCAUGUGCUCGUUUCAGAUCCUGAAACCUUCAGAAAAGAAGGCAAAGUACCAGUACGGGGGCGUGAACUCGGGCCGUCCCGUCACUCCUCCCCGCACCACACAGGCCCCCAAGAAAAGGUGAGCGGCCUGCCCCACCCACCAGCGAGAAACCCACUCCACGACCAAUACAUCCCACCCGAUGCUCUACAAGCCCCCAGGAAACGACACCCCUCUCUGGAGGAGUCUACCCCUCCCCCGUCUCUUUUCCUGUACUCUUUUCUUAAUAUUUGUGUACAUACAUUUUGCAGUGACCGGUUGAUGAUUAUCUCUUUCAUUAUUUCUUUCUGCUUGUUUGAAGGUAUUAUUUUUAUUAACAUCAAUAAUAAUAAUAAUAACAACAUUGCUGAUUAUGGUAAUGUGUUUGGGGUGGAUUUUAAGUGUGUUUGCCAGUGCACAUGCUGUCUCACGCCCUAUGUUUCAUUCUCUCUCUCUCUCUCUCUCUCUCUCUCUUUUUACUUCUUUCUCUCAAAUUCAGUAUUUUUCAGUAAGUUAGGGUGGAUUUACAUGGGAGGGUAAUUUAAAGGAAUAUGCCUGCAGUUUUCAACCUGAUGUCUGUCUGCUGCACCUGUUUCCACCCUUUUUUUCUGCACUUUAAAAAAAAAAAAAGAUUAGAAUACCUACACCAACUCUAAAACACAUUUAAAUCAGUCAGUGGCCAUGAGCUCAAUUCCUAAGUCUAUGGCAUAGCCAGCUCAAUAUUAUUGGCCUACGUGGUUGUAUGCAUUUAAACGUUGUGUUUGUGUUUGCACCACUGCACCACUCUGCAAUUAUACCUCCAAAACAAUAGUUUGUGUGAAUAUGAUGCUCAGUGGGUCAUAGUUGCUGUGGUCUGCAUAGCUGUAAAGACUAGUUGCAUUUCUAGGGAGGCAUAAGUCAGGCUUUGGCGUAGGUUAUGCAGUAAAUUACUUGUUUACGUAUUGGUUAUGCAUAGACUAUGGCGUAGAUUUGACGCAGAGGCAUGAUUUGAACUUUUACCCAUUGGCUUCAGACUGCUAAAAGAUAAUAGAUCUGCUGUCUAUCUUAUGAUCUUAUUUUUUAAGUAAAUAUCAUCGGAUGGACUGUUGUGGUCUUUUAGGGUGUACUCACACUAGGCAAUCUGUGCCGUGCCCGGUCACAGUUAACUCCCAAAGCACGGCUCGAUUAACUAGUGUGGUUGCUCUGAACCGUGCCCUGGUUGGUUCGCUUUAAGAGGCAGGCUAGGGCACGGUUCACUUGGACUUGAGCACAGUACGCAUGCAUUGUGAGCACGAUUUGUGGGCAAGCACGGAAUCAGAUGACAUUAGCGAUGCAACAUUCCUGUAAACAAACAUGCAGAUGGUGUUUUGCCAAAUUCAGCACCACCGCCAGGAAAAGCGCACGAUAUGGCGUGACUAAAAUAAAUAUGACUUUUGCCCUAAAAACAGAUUGUCUCCGAUUUUAUCAAGAAAACGCGCUCCCGAGAGAGGGUGCUUUGCAUGGUGGGGGGUGCUGAAUUCAACACAACACCAGCAAGCCCACUGAGCAGUGAGUAAUGUUGUGAGCGUGCUCAGGCAUGGAUUGUUUAAACGCAGUGUGAGUGCAGAACAGUGGGGGAGUGGGGAGGGAUACAAACAAACCAUGAUUAGUGUGAGUACACCAUUAGAAACAACUCAGACUUCAAAUAUUUGAAUCUCAGCUUUUUUAGAAAUAGAACUGUCAAGGGUCAAAUAAUAAUAUAAUAAUAUUUGGCAGUUCUUUAUUCUUCUUUAUUCAGAUAUAUUUUUAUGUCUUCAGAGGUCCUUCUCAUACCUUGAUAUACUGUUGUCUCACGCCUGUGGUUCGGCCUUUCUGUUCCUUUUUUCAUUGAUCUUCCCAACAAAUCCCCAGAAGAUCUUAAUCUUAAUGAUGUUUCAGUUACAUCAACUACUGAUCGAAAACAUCUGCUAAAUACACAUCUGGGUGCAUCCUCUCAGCAGUUCUGUUAGACUGCCUGUGUUCUAGAUACAGACAAACAGCCACCCUGCAGCAGGUGUAACAGAUUGUAACAGACAUUAGGCUGGAAAGUGCAGGAUUGUGUGGGUUUGGCUGGUUUUUUAUGUUUGCCUUGAUCAGUCCUAAAGCAGUAUCACCCCUCAAGAGUAAAGACACACAUUCUUGGACUCACACACAUACAAUUGCUUCAUGUCUCCAAUUUUGUCUUAAUACUUGCUCUGUCUCAAACAAUGCACACAGGCCGCUCUAGAGUAUGAUGUAAUGCAGCUUGAUACAAAAUAAAACCUGGAUACAUUCAUUUGUCCUUGUAAUCUAUGUAAGUCCAUGAUUCAUUUGGAUGUGGGACUUCUAUGAAACUCUGUGCAGGAGGAGCACAUUAACUGCUGAUCUUAUUCUCGGAAACAUGAGACUUAUAAACACGCAUAUUAACAGUAUUUAAUAAUUGCACAUUUUCAACCUCAAAUCUUUUUCCCAGUAUUUUUCAUUUCCAGAUGUUUACAUGUUUACAGCUUGUUUACCCUUCUCUCAAGAGCUCUGAGAAGCAGUCAUGGUGUCUGUUUGGACGCCAGUGAAAUUAAAACCGGAUGCUUUAUUAAAGCUGCUGUUUGGUGAAUGUAUUAGAGAUAGGUGUUCCUGUGUAGACUUCAAAAAGUGAUGUGAGGAAGGAAACGAACAGUGCACCAGAAGAACUUUACAUAUCUUUAGUCUGUCCCUCUUUUACUUUACUUUUUUUUUUUGUUAUAUAUCCCCUUCUCUCUCUAUCUCUCCCUCUCUCCAUUACUCUUUUUUUUUUCUGCCCUUACUCGCAAUACUGUUCUCUGCAGGACAGACGUGGUACAGUAACUGGCUGUGGAUUAAAUCUAUUGUAAUGGCACCCCCUGGUGUACACAGAAAAAAUAAUCAUUAUUAAAAAAAAUAAUAAUUCCAUUAUUAUUACUCACUUUAUUAUUACUUCACUGACCAGCAAAGUGGUCAGUGCUGAUUGGAGGUACAGAAAAGACCCCCCCCCCCC